AGUUCCUUCUAGACUUUACCUUGACUCUCCGGAGCAAGAUUCUAGUUUCAUCCAGUAUGGAUUUUGAUGUAGGUUGAUUUUCAACUACAAAAACGUUAUAAAAUUAAGUUUUUAAAAUGCUGUGAUAUUUCUGGUCGAGAAAAAUACAUUAUGUGGUUUAUAGUGUUGUUAACAAUUUGUGUGACUACCGGAGAUGCUCUAAGGCUUGCGGCGUACAUCUCCUCAGGAGGACUUCACGGUGAGAUUAAAUUUGAACCGGGAAACGUUGAAAAUGUAAAAAUCAACUUUUCUUUAAAAACUACUCUUCAAUAUCCGGAUCAACUAUGGGAGUGGUCAAUUACUCAGUUUCCGGUAGAUUACACAGUCACCAACGAUCGGUGCGACGAAAAAAACUUAGGAAAAAGCGUGAUUGACUUAACAGAUUUACUGGGUCCUUUGCAAAUGCCUGGUAAUGAAACGGGUUCGGUGGAAGUACCAGGACUUAAUUUAACCGGUGAAAAAGGACUUUGGGGAAAAGGCUUAGUCCUUAGGGAUACUUAUAGUUCCAAAACUAUAUGCGCUUCGAUCACGGUACUUGAUCGGAAUGCAGAAAAAGUGUCCGAAGCUCGUUUUAAUGGACCGAUUGCUGGAACAGUCUGGUUUCGAUGGUUAGGUGGUCAAGCAGGGGAAAAUACAACCGAGACAAUAAUUCAUUCUAAUUUGCAUCAUGUUGAUCAAUUCAUUUCGACUGCUGUCGAUUUUACUGAGCAUCAGUGGAAAAUUUACGUUACAGACAUUUUUGAUCCAGGCAAAGAUAAAAGUAAUUGCAACAUACUACAGACUGUAUUCGAUCCAGAUAAUGCUGGUACCGACAAGUCACUUGGCGAUGUUGAUAUGCGUUUGGGAAAAAUUAAAGUCGCCACAAAUCCGACUAGAAAAACCAAAACUUUUUAUAGAGAUCCAGGUCUUGAUCUUUUACCCACUGAUGUUAUUGGAUCACAUCGCUUGCUAUAUUUAGUGCUUUUUCACCCAAAUCAUAGUGAUGCCUUCUUAGCGUGUGCCAAAAUCAAAUAUCGUAGAUCCAUCUUGGCCAAGGCCUUGAUCAACUCGAAUGGUAUUAAAGGGGAAGUCACAUUUACUCAAGAAUCACCCUUUGACCCAACCUGGUUAAAUAUUUCCUUAAACCCUGUGAAUGAUCUGGAAACUAGACUUCGUUACGAGACGAAAAUUGCAGCAUACAGAAUUCACGAGUUACCUGAAGAACCUGCAAAGUAUUUGGAAGAAGUUGAUGUACCCUGCACGACAACUAAAAAAAUUUACAAUCCACUAAUUAUCGAUGAAAAAGAAGUACCACCAGCAGGGUUUGGGACGCAAGAGCAGUACGCUAUAGGGGAUUUAUCAGGGAAACUCCAGGGCCGUGUGGAAGGAUCAUUUCACAAUGACAUUCUUGCCGGCAGUGCCAAAUUGAGUGGACUUUACUGGGAUACCAAUCUUCCUCUUUCAGGUCCGCACAGUAUUGUGCAUCGUUCUUUGGUACUUCACAAGCUUAAUGAGACUGAUAACAUAAGUAUCAUUCCCUGGGUCUGUGGAAUCAUUGUCCCUCAUUUAUCCAAGAAUGCUGGACCGAUGCCACUAACAACUGCUCAAGUCAUAUUUCGAUAUCCUUUAGUUGGCAGAAUAAUAUUUCGACAACCAACAGAUGAGUCUGAGAUGGAUACCACAAUCAUCGUCGAAAAUCUAGUUCAUGCUGAUGGAACAUCAUUGAACAAUUCUGCUGAGCACAGAUGGAUGAUACAUGAUCUUCCGCCUGGGAAGGACUUUUACGAUUGGCAGAACAGGUGUCUCAGCGUUGGCGCACCAUUUAAUCCUCACAAGAUAGAGUGGGGUUUGAGUCAACCAAAUCGAUGUUCCUCCAGUGAGUUCACUCUUUGUCGCUUGGGUGACUUAACCAGACUUGGAACACUGGAAAUUGCCGGGAGAAAGAUUUUGGGAUCUAAAUUAACCAGAAAAUUAUUCACAGAUAAUAAUAUUCCUUUAUCUGGAUACGAUAGUAUAUUAGGAAAGAGUUUAGUUAUUUACGAUGAUCAUGGCCCUAAAGCAAGAGGAGAGAGACUUGCUUGUUCAAUAAUUAGUAGAGUUUACAGAAGGAAGGCAGUAGUUAAAAACUGGUUUGGGAAUGGUGAAGAUCCAACACCAGUUAGAGGAAAAUUGGAAUUCAUUCAACAAAGCGAGUACGAUGAGACUGAUGUUGAAGUCAAUUUGGAAGGUUUAUCUUCAAUAACGAGUGGCUAUCAUAUUCACGUGACGCCUGUGGAAAUGGAUUUGGAAUUUCCAUGUGAGGAUUCGACCCUCUACGGCCACUGGAAUCCGUUGAAAGUUAAUACAAAAGAUAUACCUCUCCCAGAAGCUGGUACAACUGAUCAGUAUGAAAUGGGUGACUUGAGUGGAAAAUUUGGUACCUUAGAUAACAAGACUCGAUAUAUUGCAACAUAUAAUGAUACGUUGCUGCCUCUAUUUGGACCACGAAGUAUUUUAGGACGAAGUGUUGUAAUUCACAAAAAGGACAGAAAUCUGAGGUGGUCUUGUGCCACAGUGGAAAGAGGCUAUGCUCCAUCUGAAGCUAGGGAACUGAGAGCUAUUGCUUCCUUUCAUCACCCCAAUGGUUACGCCUUUGGCUAUAUUAGAUUGACACAACUUAUAUACCGAGACAACAGUCAAAGUGAAACGAUAAUAGAAGUUAAACUUAGACAUCCUGGAGAAAAUGAUCGCAACAUUACGAGAAAUCAUAAUUGGGCAAUUUUUGUGAAUCCCGUGGGAGUGGAUGCGACUGUACAAGUGAAAGAAACACGUUGUGUGGCAGGGGGUUACAUAUGGAAUCCCUUUUUUACGCAGCUGGCAGCUCCUUUAGAUGAGGAUUUAUACAGGCAAGAAUGUGGACCAGAUUUACCUUUGCGAUGUUACGUUGGAGAUGUUUCAGCUCGCCUGGGACCAAUAGAUAUAGGACUUGAAAGACGAGUUUUCACAGAUUCAAAUUUUCCUCUAGAAGGUACUUUUUCUGCCAUGGGAAAAUCUAUUGUCAUAAUGGAAAAAGAUUUUGGAGGACAUCGAUAUGCCUGUGCCAAUAUCGAACCAGAUCACGACAUUGUAAAAUAUGCAAACAUUCGAAGACCACCACGGUUUGUAGUAGCUCAAUUUUUGGAAGAUGUGCGAGAAGUGAUGGGAGUUCCAGAAUGGAUGGUGUCUGUCGACAGUAGGAAAACAAAAACGCUCCAUAAUGGUGGAUGCGUUCAAUUUUUAUUACAUUUUAGAGGUCCCAUUGCCAAUAAACUUGAUCAAGAUUUUAGUAGACUGAUAUCGACAGGAAAAUUGGCAUCUCCUAGUUUAUAUAUUCCCGGUUAUGUGCCAAAGAAAAGGAGAACUGCUCUGGGCUACAGGCAAUGUGGAUACCGUGAUCCAAAUGAGCAAAAAGAUACAAAAGUUUGGUACGGAUCUGAUGCUGCUACGGGCUAUCCACAAUUAGUUGCGCUAACAUUUAUCUUAUUAUAUUUGUUGAAUCCCAUGUUUUAAUUAUUUUUGUGAAAGUCUGAUACUUUAUAUAAGUUGGUAUUGAUAUAAAAACAUCUGUGUACUAUUCAUUUUUUUUUACAAUAUACAAUAGUACAACAUGAAAGUAAUUCUCAUCUUUGAAAAGAAAAAUAAGCAAAAUAGUUACAUUUUUUAUUCUGCAAUUGAGAGAAAAUAAGUCUUACAUUACACUGGCCUAUUUUAUUAACUUAUUUAAUGUUUGUAAAUAAUUCGAAUUUUGCUUUUGAAAAUGAUUUAUUAUUUCUACAAAGUGUAUGCAACAUUGAAAAGAUCUAAUCAAUAAAAAUAUAUUCAUACAUUUAUGAAAAAAGAAAACAAUGUUUUUCUACUUGCUUUUUCAGUCUUCUAUGAUUUUGUGUAGUUAACUUUUAAAUCUGCGGUUUAAUCACUCUAUAUUUACUAGCAUUCUAACAGCAGCGAGGUAAGAAAAUACGUUAGAAAGAUACUGGAAAUAAAUAAAAAAUACUACUUUAUUGUCCCAUUAAGAUUCCAAAGUUCUUUAAAAAUUGGUAGCUUCAGUACAAAAUUCAGCAAGUAUUUUUUUUAACUUUUGAUUUGUUUUUGUAAUUAAUAAAAUAUUUAUGUAAAUGAAUAUAAGAUAUAUUUAAAUGAUUACCUGGGCAUAAUAGGAAAGGGAUAGUCUAGGCAGAAUACCUCCUAUUUGAACUGUUACAGGUUUUCGUGAUCUUUGAAGUACAAUAAUCCUCGACGUUAAUAAUUUUGAUGAGAGUGUAUUCCAUGAUGAAUUAUACACUUCAUAUCCAAUAUUAGUUGACUAUAAAACAUCCAAAAUUAAUUAUACACUAUUCUUCUGUUGCUGAUGAAAACCGUAUUCACGAAUGAAUUAUAAUUUUAUUACCAUUGCAAUUGCAUGUUCAGCUGACAAAGAUGUUACAAAUAGAAGUCCACAUCCAGCA